CAGUUUGAUAGCAGGAUGAAGGUUGGGAUAUCUUCCAAGGCAAUAUUCCCCGUCUUUCUCUCAGUGACAGAAAGUGAACCUAGCAAGGGAAUUGUAGAGUCAUAUCCCAAAGCUACAUCCCCGGUUCUUAAUUUUCCGAGUAUCGAAUCCAAAAGUCAAUCUUCGAUGGUUGGUGAAUCUUCAUCCCAAAUUCCAUUUCCGUCAAAUUCUCCAAGGUCUGAGGCUAAGAUUGCACCUUCAACUCCUUCUGUGUUCUGUACCAGUUUGUAUGUGUCAUCUUCGUCGGCAUCCGAAACACAGCGACAGCUUGGUAAUUUGCCAUUUCUUCCACAUCCUACCACACGUCACCAGUUCAUUUCCUCCGAUUCGUCAAAAUCUCCGUCAGUUUUUAGUGAGGAUUUGAACAAUUUAUAUAACAAGGCUCAAUCUGAAGUUAUCACGAAGGACAUCCGUAAUUUACCUGCAGAUGCUUCUUCUGAUGGUUGCUUUUAUGGUAUGCAUUGGGAAGGUGACGAUUUUUCCAUCACAAGUGAACAAUUAGAGUUACAGUUUUUGUCUGAUGAACUUGACAUUGCUAUCACUGACCAUGGAGAAAAUCCCAGACUUGAUGAAAUAUAUGGAACAUCUCAACCUCCCUCAUCAAAGCCAAGUCUAGGGUUGAAAUGUGACCAAAACCCUAAUUCCAUUGCACCAUCCAAUGAUGCUCCUGCAAUUUCUGGAGCUGCGGCUGUUCACAAGCCAAGAAUGAGAUGGACCCCGGAACUGCAUGAGCAUUUUGUUCAGGCUGUCAGCAAGCUUGAUGGCCCUGAAAAGCCAACUCCAAAAGGUGUAUUAAAGCUUAUGAAUGUUGAAGGUUUGACUAUCUACCAUGUGAAGAGCCACUUACAGAAAUAUCGACUUGCCAAAUAUAUGCCAGAGAAAAAGGAAGAGAAGAAGACUUCAUUCAGCUCUGAAGAAAAGAAAGCAGCUUCAAGUGGCAAUGAAAGUGAUGGAAAGAAAAAAGGGGGAAUGCAAAUUAAAGAAGCUUUGCGCAUGCAGAUGGAAGUACAGAAACAAUUGCAUGAACAGCUGGAGCUACAAAGGUCGCUUCAGUUGCGCAUAGAGGAGCAUGCAAGGUAUUUGCAGAAGAUCUUGGAUGAACAACAGAAAGCUGGCAAUGCCUUGAUUCCUUCACUAAGCUUGUCUGAUUCCGACCAAAAUUCCCAACUGCAACCUUCUUCUGUUGCCACACAACCCGAGCCUUUCGAGUCCAAAACCAAGUCGUCGACAUCAUCAAAGCAUGAUGCUGAUGAGUGUGACCCUAAAUCAAGUCCAAAAAGACCUCGAAUCAAAGAAGCCGAGGUAGAAAAUCCUGUGCAAUAAUAGCUUCUAAACUCGCCUUGAUCUAGUGUAAAAAUAGAUAGCCACUGAAUUCAGAUUUGCUACCUUUGCGUCUAUGAAAUCCGACAAAAUUGCUUUGGGUCUGGGUCAGACUAGCUACUUAUUACUAUUAUCAUUUUGCUGAUGGGCAGCUGAGCAUCAGUUUCUAUGUUUUCGGUAGAACCAGGAAAAUUAGGUUCAUAUCGUGUUCAACGCAUUCGUAUAUAUAAAUCGAAUUAAAGACUUUGUCCCAA